AUGGAGCCAGGUCCCCCUGGGUCCUCCCAGUAUCUGGACCAGAACAUGCUGGCUCACUCCCAGAGCCAGUGUCACCAGCCCCACCAGGCCUCUGCUCCGGUCUACACCAGCCCACACCACCAGCCCCAUCCCGCAAACCCAGGCCAGUCCCCGUUGAUGUACCCCCAGAGCCACCUCCACUACCCCCAACACCCCUCGUCCCCCUCGCCUUCCUCCUCCUCCUACAUGGAGAAGGGGGGAUACCGCCCGCCACCCCAGAACAGUUACAGCUACCAACAGACUCCCUCCAGGGGUGGCUACGAGCCCCAGCCCCCACUACAAGGCAUUCCCACUCCCCAGGAGACCCACCCCAAAUACCAACACUUCAGCCAGCCCCAGCAGAACUACUGUCUGUCCGAGCUGUCUGUCAGAUCCCCUGAGCAGUACUACCAGACAUGUAGUCCCGCCUCCAGCCACUCCCCUGCACGCUCUGUAGGCCGCUCGCCCUCCUACAGCUCCACCCCUUCCCCUUUGAUGACCAAUCCAGAGAGCUUCCAGUACAGCCAGCCACCAAUGACCCCAGGGGCGGCUUCUUCGUCCUCCUCUUCCUCAGCGGGUCUGCAGGACCAGGGCUUGCUGAUGCCGCCGCGCUCCCACCCGUCCUCGUCCCCCAACGUGGCCCACCCAACCCCGCAGCACAGCUACACACAGGGGGUUUCCAUGAAGGAGCGCUUCUCUGAGAAGCUGCUUGCCAACCCCAGCCUGUGGAGCCUGAAUGCCCUCACCUCUCAGGUGGAGAACAUCUCCAACAAUGUGCAGCAGCUGCUGCUCUCCGAGGCCAUGGUCGCCAACAAGAAGGGGGCCAAGCGCAGCAGCAUUGGGAGCAGUGGAGGCAGCUCCUCCAAGAAGGAAGAGGUUUACAAAGGAGUGCCAGGAGGCCCCGAGGGUCAGCACGGUGGGGGUCCCAUGCAGGACCCCUACAGCACCAACCAGCACCAGCUCGUCCCCAUGGAGAUGCAGGAGGGGGGGUACUCCAGUAGUUCUGACGAGCAGCUGGAGAGGGGGUACUACUACUGCGGCCAGGGCAGGAGCCCAGCUCAGGCCCCCAACAACACACACUUGGGCCUGGACACGGCCUCAUCCUGCUCCAUGACCUCUCCGGAUGACAUGUCCACCCGGUCUGGCGACUCUGUGUCCGGCCUGCAGAGCGUGGCUUCCAGGGACAACAUGACCCCUGACCCCAGGUCACAGGGGGGACACGAACCCCGACAAACCCCCAUGAAGAGUGUGGGGGAUGAGAGGUCCCCCGUGAGUGUGACAAUUCCCAGCCCCAUGAAGCAGGAGAGCCAGUCCCCUCCAGACAUCCAACGUCUUGGCUUGCCACUGAAGGAAAACUUUGAGGAGUUGGCCUGGACAGAGAAAAUAGCAGACUACGAGGAUGUAGGCGUGAAAAAGACCUCCGACAGCGAGAGUGACCGCAGAGCCAGCGAUAAUGUCACAGAUACCUCUGAGAAGCGGGAGAAAUGGCCAGAGGACGAGAAAGGCCCAGCACUGUAUAGCAAGAUCAACAAAGCAGUGACCGAGGGAAAGAGCUACUGCUACGACGAGAACAUGUACCACAAGAUACAAAACAAACAUGACCGAGGCAAAGGGGACUCGGCAGAUAAGUCCCCAAGCCUCUCAGACUCCAGCCACAAGGGAGACCUGGGCCAGGAGAUUAAAUCGGAGGCCUUCAAAUCCGAAUCUCCCACUGACUCUGAGAGCUCAGUGAAGACAUCCCCCUAUAUUUCCAGGGGUGACCUUGACCAAGAUCAAUAUUUAACAGAGAAGGAAGACAGCUCGGAGAACACAUCCCCUACCCCGCGGGGCGAGGCUUUGGACCAGAGGCUCUCCGCCUCAGAGAAGAGAGAGAGCAGAGAGGAAGAGGAGGAGGAUGAGGAGGGGGAGGAGGAGAGAAACCAGAAGUCCAUGUCUUCUCCUCUUUCUGCUGAGGAGAGAGAGGGAGAAGAGAGUGAGAGCCUGCCAUCAACUGAGAAGGACCUCAACAAUAGAACGAGCCCACAGGAGGAGCCUUCUGGAGAACUGUGCAGCAGAACAGAAGGCCAGAUCCUGGCUGAGCCUCAGCCUUACAGUAACACAGAGUCUGCAGAGCCAGAAAGCCAAGCAGCACAACCGGAUGCAACAGCAGCAGCAGCAGAAUCCCCAGAAAGUGGGUCAGCCAUUUGUGACACUCCACCCCAGUCUCACUCAGCCAUGAUGGUUUUCUCAGCUCUCAGCGAGAUAGCAACACCUCCAGCUCCGUCUCACACCAGGGACCAUAUUGAUCACAGCGAUUCCAACGUGCUGGAGCCUGACUCCCCUCAGCUGCCGGGGAAGUCCAUACUGCACUCAUCGCCCUCCUGGGCCAACACCCCACCCUCGCCAAAGAAAGGCGAUGAGGACAUGGAGCCGGGCAUCAGCUGCCCAAGCGCUGUGACCCCCUCAGCCAAGCCAGAACCCGUGGCCCCAUCUGCACACCCGCAGGCUUUCGGCCGGAAGCACAGCCGAGGCAGGAGGAGACUGAUGCACUCAGGUGUGGAAUUCAGGAGACAGCUGAGUGUGGAGAGAGAGGGGGAGAGUGCCCCCUCGCCACCGCAGAAACCCUGCAUGCCCUCCAGCAAGAGUGCUCUGUUCUCCGAUCAGCUAGACAUGGCCGCUCACCAGGACAUAAUCACAACGAGCGAGACACCCAAACUGCUUGUUGAGGGCACCCGCUCCAGAAUGUGCACUCGCUCAUUCAACGCGCAGGACACUCCUCCUAAGGAUCCCCAGCCCCCUGAAAGACCGAAACCAGGGCGGAAACCAGGUUCGAAACCAGGCCCAAAACCAGGCCCGAAGUCAGGGUUAAAACCAGGGCCUAAGCCAGGACUAAAACCAGGGCCAAAACCAGGUUCAAAGCCAAGUCUUAAACCAGGACCAAAACCAGGUUUGAAACCCGAUUCGAAGCCCAGCCCAAAACCAGGUUUAAAACCUGGGCCUAAACCAGGCCCAAAAACAGUUCUAAAACCAGGGCCUAAAACAGGUCCAAAACCAGGACCAAAACCUGGUCCAAAACCAACUGAAGGAGCACCCCGUGGUCGUCCCAGGGGUACGGGCUCUAAGUCGAAGUUGGCAGAACAGGAAGGUCCCAUUCAACCCAUAACAGGGGGUCCAGGAAGAGGCCAGAAGAGCUUGAGCAUCAACAGUCAGCAAGGUGAUGGGAAACAGGAAGUGAAAGCUCCAGGUAAGGACGGAAAGAACAUGGUCCUGAGAUCCAGAAAGCCCCCCCAGGAUAAGCUUCCAAAGGAAAAAGAGAAGGCGCAAUCAGAGGGAAUCCUGACUCAAACCCUGACAGGUAUAACAAAGCCCAAUGCAGUAUUACAAAAUGAGGAACGUAUGAGCAUAGAGCCAGCCAUCCCUGUCUUUCCUAACCAGACAGACACAAGUAUAACAGACACCAGUGUAACAGACUCCAGUAAACCAGACACCAGUGUAACAGACGUCAGUGUAACAGACACCAGUAAACCAGACACCAGUGUAACAGACACCAGUGUAACAGACACCAGUGUAACAGACACCAGUAAACCAGACACCAGUGUAACAGACACCAGUGUAACAGACACCAGUGUAACAGACACCAGUAAACCAGACACCAGUGUAACAGACGUCAGUGUAACAGACACCAGUAAACCAGACACCAGUGUAACAGACGUCAGUGUAACAGACACCAGUAAACCAGACACCAGUGUAACAGACACCAGUGUAACAGACACCAGUAAACCAGACACCAGUGUAACAGACACCAGUGUAACAGACACCAGAGUAACAGACACUAGUGUAUCAGAUCCCAAUGUAACAGAUACCAGUGUAACAGACACCAGAGUAACAGACACCAGAGUAACCGACACUAGUGUAUCAGAUCCCAAUGUAACAGACACCAGUGUAACAGACACCAGUGUAACAGACACCAGAGUAACAGACACUAGUGUAUCAGAUCCCAAUGUAACAGAUACCAGUGUAACAGACAACAGUGUAACAGACAUUAGUAUACCUGUUGCUCCACCUGAGAAACUUAAAGAACCGGCUGUAGCUGUACCUCUUGAAACUGCACCUGUACCUCCACUCAAAAGAAAACCCAGUCCUCUGCCUCUAGAGCCUCCGGUGAAGAAAAAGCGAGGUCCAAAACCAAAACCAAAACUACAACAGCCCCAGCCUGAAACUCCCCAUUCUGACCAGGCCAACCAGCCUCCAUUAGUCAAACCCAAGGAGAUGGGUGUCCGAGGGCCCAAGAGAAGGCUAAAGAGAGGCAGACACAUCAAGGCCUCUCUGAUCACUGUGCUGACCAAAGAUAACCCUCCUCCCACUAUGGCUGACGGUGAUGUGGUUAGUGAAAUGCCCAGUGUCCCUUCUCAGUGUCCCACUAAAACCAAGUACCUCCCCCCGCGCAAAGGCAGGGGUCUGAAAUACGAGGCCAUGGUUCAGAAAAUAAACUCGGGCACCGGUUCGAAGAAACACCCGCCAACACCACAGCCCGAGAGCACAGAGGCGACAGUAGAUGAAGUGACGUCAAAGCCUGUGUCGCUGCCCGUCUCGGUGGAGAGCGAGGCCCCAGUGGCGGCGGUGAGCGCCCCUGAUGUGUCACGGGAGGAGUUAGCAAGGGACGUGGGGAGCUCCACGGGGGCCCAGAACACAGAACAGGAGAGAAGGGUGCAGCAGAACACCGGGGAGGGGGUGCAGCCUGAGCCACUCCCAUCAGGGGUGCCAGACGCUGCAGCGGCGAGCGGCGCCAACAAACCCACCAGGACCAAGAGGAGGAAAUGGGCCAUGGUAGAGAGCACGGACGCCACGGUGGUCGCCAUGGAGACGGGGAGCCUGAUCAUCAACACGCCGCGGCUGGCCAAGCAGAGGGCCAUCAAAAACAACCACGAGAUGCACCUGAAACAGAGGAGGAGGAAGAGGAAAGGAGGACAGCCUUCAGAGGGGCCUGUGGCUGAUGAGGAGGUAGAGACAACAACAGCAGAACAGCAGACAGAGACACCCACUGACACAGCGUUAACAACAACGCUCGCUCUACCAGCCGGCCCAGGUGAGAUCACAGACAGGCCGCAGGUGAUCACCACAGAAAUGAUCCAGCCGCCUCCCUCCAAACGAGGGAGGAAGCCCUCUUCAUCCCCCUCCAAAAAGAGAGGGAGAGCACCAGGUGAACAGCAGAGCAGCAAACCUCUGAGGGUUCACAAAAAACCUGGUCCUAAAAAGGGAAUCAAAGACGCCAUGGAGGUGAUUGAAGCGGUGGUAAAGGCUGCAGGGAGGGAGGCCAGACUCAAGAAGAAGAAAUGGAAAAAGGAAAGCCCUGCAGUGUCAGAGGAAAAGCAGCCAGAGCCCUCUCUCAAACAGGUACUGAGUAAGACUCCUAAAAGCAGAAUCAAACACUCCUUCUGUCCAUAUGUGCGUAUGGACAGCUCCAGAGACUUCACCUCUCUCUGUACCAUCGUCAACAGGCGCGAUGAAGAGAUGAAGAUGGUGCUUCAGAAGCCCCGGAAAAAGAGCCCGGACAAAAUUAAAAACCCAGUCACAGUUGCCAAGGCGAUAACCAGCUCCUUAGCUAUGCUCCAGGGGCCCUUGGUUAACAAAACGUUAAUUGACAGGUGUCUAACGUGUUGCCUGUGUGGAAAGCCAGCAAAUUACCGUGAGCUGGGGGAUUUGUGUGGGCCCUACUUCCCAGAGGAUAGCAUCCCCCGCAAAAUCCUGUCAGCAAGACAUAUAGAAACCCAGAGGGAAAACCGAGAGAAAAUAAGCUCCAACAGUAGCAUCAGGGAACCAAGCAGCAGCACCCCAACAAGCGAAGGAGACCCCGGCUUCAAAAAGGAAGUUAGUAAAAAGGUGGAUAUGGAGACAGUCACAAAGGAGGGCAGUAGUAGUAGUGGUGGGAGUUAUCAUCAUCAGCCCCACCCCCACCAUUGGCGCCCCAGGAGGGCAGAGAGGGCACCAGCGGAGGGCGGAAGCACGCACCGGCCCACCUUACGGGAUCGGUUCAGGAGGAUGCAGAAGCUCCAGGGGGAGAGGAGGGCUGCGGAGGCCACAGCUGGUGGUCAGGAAGGGGGCAAUGGAGGGGGAGGCCUCCUUCAGAGACUGCAGGGGGAGGCUGAGGCUAAGGAACACUGGGCCCAUGAGAACUGUGCUAUCUGGACCAAUGGGAUCAUCAUGGUGGCCGGGAGGCUGUACGGCCUGAAAGAGGCUGUUCACACCUCUACAGAAACAAGCUGUUCCAAGUGCCAGAGAGUGGGCGCGUCCAUCAGCUGCUGCUGGAAAGGCUGCCCUAACAAAUACCACUACAUGUGCGCCAAGGAGAUAGGCUGCAUGUUCCAAGACGACAACUUUUCACUGAAAUGUCCGAAACACAAGACUGACAGACAAGGGUGAAAAUCUGGCUGCUGAUCAAAAAAGCAUCACGCCCACCUCUGCCAUUCCCUCGCUCCCUCCAUCUCUCUCUUCUCCUCUUCUCUCUUCACCCCCUGCCUUCCCCUCACUCCCUCCAUAUCUCUUUUCACCCCUGCC